GCUCUAACUGACCUCAACUGUUUUCUUGAGGUGUAACUAAGUUGAUAUAAAAAAGGAGGAACCGAUUAAUUACUCUUUUAGCAAGUUAAUAGUUAAUGCCGUGAUUGUCCACACGCCACUGCUGGUUUCACCGUGUUCACCGCUCGAACCGCCAGAUGAGAGGAGAGUUGUCGAGCAGAGACCGUUUGCCAAUUUGGCUGCCACCAUUCGAAUAGUAACGGCUGUGUCAACGUCUGGACCGGGCGCGAACUUGUUGUUUGUCUCGCUGUUGUGUGUGUGCGCGCACUGAAGGCGUCCUGUUGUGUGGAAGCACAUUGUUGCCCCCUUGGCUGCUCUGGAAGCAACAUAUAAUUUCGCGUGUGCAAAUCGAGUGAUCAUAGAAAGCAUCGAUUUUAAGCAUAUCGGAUUCCUGCAUGGUUGCCCCCGUUUCGUAUAGCGUUAACAUUCACGGCAAGCGCGACAGCACGUGCGUGUGUAUUGGUGUGUCCAAAAACGGGCCCAGGAAAGGAUCGAAAAGAACGAACGAAGAACACGACUGCGAAGAGGAUCGCAAAAAGAGCGUUAACGAGUUCUUCGUGCAGCAAGCAUCAGGGGCAGGAGUCAUUGUAGUUGAUGGUGCGAAGUAAAAUCGAAUGACCAACAGCGUAAAAGCCCAUCGAUCUAUCCACUGUUUACUUGGUGUACGUCUUCGGUUACCUUCGGUUGGCGUAACGCGCGCAGUCAUUUUGUAGGGAGCUACUGUUUUCCGGCCCGAAAGAACACAUCAGCUUGUGUCUACAGCCACCAACAUGAGUAGUGUCGCCAAGCCUGAUGAGAAAGCGGUCGACAUUCCGGAAAAAUUGUACGAUGCCGGCACCAAGCGGACGUACCGCCGGAUGCGGUUCUUCGGCAAGGGUGGGUUCGCCAAGUGCUACGAGAUAGUGGACGUGGCCACGAACGAGGUAUUUGCCGGGAAGAUUGUCUCAAAGAAGCUGAUGAUGAAGCACAACCAGAAGGAGAAAAUGACGCAGGAAAUCACGAUUCAUCGUUCGUUGAACCACAAAAACAUCGUCGGCUUCCACAGCUUCUUCGAUGAUCCGCUCAACAUUUACAUCGUCCUUGAGCUGUGCAAGAAGCGGUCCAUGAUGGAGCUGCACAAGCGUCGAAAGAUCAUCACAGACUACGAGUGCCGGUACUACAUGCAUCAGGUAAUGACCGGUGUGAAAUAUCUGCACGACAAGCACAUCAUCCAUCGGGACUUGAAGCUCGGCAAUCUGUUUCUGAAUGAUGAGCUGCACGUCAAGAUUGGUGACUUUGGGCUAGCGACCAAGAUAGAGUUCGACGGUGAGCGGAAGAAGACGCUCUGCGGCACGCCGAACUACAUUGCGCCGGAAAUACUGAACAAAAAGGGGCACAGCUACGAGGUGGACAUUUGGUCGAUUGGCUGCGUAAUGUACACGCUGCUGGUCGGUCAGCCACCGUUCGAGACGAAGAGCCUGAAGGAUACGUACAAUCGGAUCCGGAAGUGUGACUACCGGCUGCCUCCCACGCUUCGCAACACAGCGGCCGAAAUGAUCUGCGCCAUGCUGCAGUCGGAUCCGAUGAAGCGGCCCCGCAUUCACAAGCUGUUUGAGUUUGAGUUUCUGUCCGGCAGUCACAUUCCGAACUCGUUGCCAAUCUCCUGCCUUACGAUGGCACCGCGAGCUGAUCAGCUGGAGCAGGCGGAGCGUAUGAACAGGAAGCCGCUAUCGGAAAUGAACGGCGCCGGAGAUGAAACGCGGUUCGAAUCGUCAUUCUUGAAGAACAAUCUACACGAUCCAAUCACUGCCAGCGGUAUGAUUUCGCGCCACAACGAUACGUACCGGGCGGAUAUCGAAACGUUGCACCGGGAACUAACGAAGCUGUUCCUGGCCAAACCAGCACGGCUAGCAAGUAAUCUGGAUGACGAAAAUACGGACCCGGCCGUCCAGCCACUGUUCUGGGUGUCGAAAUGGGUCGACUACAGUGACAAGUAUGGGUUUGGGUAUCAGCUCAGCGAUGAGGGAAUGGGUGUUAUGUUCAACGACACCACCAAACUGAUUAUGCUUGCCAACGGACACAACGUGCACUUCAUUGACAAGGAGGGCCAAGAAUCGUACUGGGACGUGAACAGCUUCCCGCCGUAUUUGGAGAAAAAGAUGAAGCUGCUGACCUACUUCAAGCGCUACAUGAUGGAGCAUCUGGUAAAGGCUGGCGCUGGUGUAAUGAACGUUGAAAGCGAUCAAAUCUCCCGUAUACCUCAUAUGCAUACCUGGUUCCGCACGAUGUGCGCGGUCGUAAUGCACCUAACCAACGGCACUGUUCAGCUUAAUUUCUCCGAUCAUCAAAAAAUAAUCCUCUGCCCGCUGAUGCGUGCCGUAACGUUGAUGGACAACAACAAAAACUUCCGCACGUACCGUUUCCAGACGAUAAUAGAGCAUGGCUGUUCGCAUGAUUUGUACACCAAGAUACGAUAUGCUCACGAGAAGAUAAAGAAACUGCUCGAAAAACUAUCCUAAAGCGUCCCCAAGCACACGAACAGCUCGGAGGCGCGUAUAAGGUUAAAAUUGGGGCGUAUUUUUAUAUAGUAUCCGUUUUGUUUUCAUAAGGCACAAAAGUGGUGCAGCACAGGAUAAUGAUGAGGAGGUUCUUUCUUGGUGGUUUGACCAGGAUCCACAAGGUCUUUUUUAUCGAUAAAACUACUAACAACAAUGAUCUGCACUCAUCGGAUAAACGGAACAUUCCGGAGGAAUUUAUUUGGUAGGAUGUGAAGCAAUCGUUUCGUUACUCUUUGGUAGCUUCAUUAUCUGUUACUUUUUGGAUUUUAUUUCGCUAUACGCUAUGCUUUUUUGUCCGUUUACCGUAAACUGCCAAUUCACUCACCGUUGUUUUCUAAACAGGAAGUUACGACGCGUUCCAUCUUUUUGUAUUGUGCGUAUUCGCUAUUCAGCUGAACAGAGAAUAUAUAGAAAUAGUAAUCCGUUUUGAUACGUUUUAAUUGUGUUUACUGCCGGCGAGUGCUGUCGGUCGUAUCAUGUGCUCUCGGUAGCAGGGAACAGGGAAAAGUACGAUUACAGCACCGAACGAUCCUCCAAGUAUUAGUGUAAAUUAAAUUUACUGUUACAUAUAGCGAAAUACAACACCGUCUCAAUCAACAACAAUCGUGCGGCCUACAGACAAUAGGCGGAACUACACUUUGCUUACGGGAUGUUUCUUAUUGUGUUGAAGUCUGUCGAAUACAUGAAAUACAGAAAACUGCCUCGUGCCUUGUGAA